AUGAAUGGCGCUCAUACAAAUGAACACUCUCAAUUGCAGGGAUUGGGGAUCACUAAUGGGGCCAAGGCUACAUCCCCAAUUGUACUUUCUCCUGAUAGCGAAAGAUUUCCCAGUCCAGUGAUGAUGGACAGCUUUCCAGGUAAGACUACAUCCAAUGGAACAUCAAUUGACGAUGCCCAUCCGUCUGUCAACCAAGCUCAAACUCUACCCAAUCAAUUCGCGAAAGAAAGUCAGCUGCCUCAGGGUCAAACCAUAACUCAGCCUGCACAAGUAGUGGGAAGACCUCCAAACCAAAAAGAUAUUGGAUUUCAAGCUUACGCUCAUCAGCAGACUCAACAACCACCAGCUGCUAUAAUCACUCAACCUCCUCUUGCACCAAUGGUUACUCAGCCUUCAUCCAAUCUCCCACAUAAUGUAUCCCCUGUCAUGCGAUCACCCCUCCCCGUCGCUCAAUCAGACUGCUACUCAUUCACCGUGAAAGAUAAACAGCCGGUAACUGUACAGAUAGCGCGGGAAUAUGCAAUGCAUUUAUGGCGCUUUACUUCUCCACACUCAGGAAUUAGUCGUGUCUUAACCACUCUUGAUAUCCUGCAACAUACAGCCUCACACCUUACAAGAUCUGAAUUGGACAAAGCGCUGAGGGAUACCUCGUAUCUGCAGAAUCUAGGAAGAGGAGUGUUCGAAGUUUUAAUCAGGUCUCAAAGUCAGAAUGGGCAACAACAGAAUAGAGCUAUAUCCCAACCUGUACCUCAUCCUGCUGUAUCUCGUAUCAACAGAGACCCACAUCAUUUGUCGGGCCGUCACGCUUCGAACGGUACUAUUCAAGCUGCUGGUAGCAGUAGUAGCAGUAUCACUACACCAAUCCAGAGUCCUAAGACUGCCGCGGCUAUCAACGUGGCUGAUCGACCCGAAAUAACCAGUAUACAAGAAAGCUGGAAUGAGGAGAUGCAAGGGGUUGAGCAAAUGUUUGGUCAAGCCUGGGAACAAAUGAGGAAAGUCUCAAGCAACGCCUUUAUCAAAAUGAAUGUAACCCUCACUGCCGCACAAUCCAAUAAUGAGUCUGAUAAAGCAAUUGCUCAGCUUCAAACCCAAAUGAUCGACGAACAGAAGAAGAACGCUUUGUUACAAUCCUCCGUUCUUCGUUUGACGGAUAGCGAAAGUAAAGCCCGAUCAGAUCUGGAUGAGAUCGGUCAAAAACUUCAAGCUGAGGUAUAUAGAAGGGCAACCGCUGAACAUGCACACACUCAAUUGCAUUGCCGUUUCAGUCAAAGCAUGGCAAAUAUGCAACAGGCGAAAGAUCGAUCUGACCAGCUGAUUCAAACAAGCAAUGCGAAAAUAUUAGAAUUGACCGAUACGUUGAAAACCCAAAUGGAAAAUUCCUCUACUGCCGAGAAAACACGCCAUGAACGACUCACAGCUGCUCAUAAUGCUGAAAUAUCAAGAUUGAAAACGGAACUUGAAGAAGCUAAAAUUUCUCGUCCCGCGUUCGGUCAUCCAAGUGUCACGUCCAGUCCGAAAUCACCUAAAUCACCCGCUGACCCUAACUCUGAGAUCGCCAAAUUACGAUCUCUCCUCAAGCAGAAGAAUACCAAAUUCAAUGAGUUAGAAGAGAGACAUAACCAGGAUAUGGAGGAGAUCAAGUCGAAUAUAGGAAAAGACCCGAAAGUAUGGGAGAAUGAAGUACGACAGAAAGCGAUUGAAACUGCCGAAAAGGAGACACGGCGACUCAAGAAGAAGGUAGAAGACUUGGAAGCUGAGCAGAAGAUAAACAAAGAGAGUCUGAGCGAAAGUACAUUACGAGAUGCGCUAGAAAAGAUCGUUCGAUGUGCAGAAGGACUGCAAAAACUAUACAACAGACCUUCGGAUGCUCAGUCAUCCAACAAACCGCUCUUGGACAGGGCAAAUAUGCUCUUCAAGGAUUUGCUGGUAGUAGUGGAGAAAGUUGAAUCACAAGACGAAGAGAGGAAGAAAUUGGAAGGUCAAGUCGAAUUACUGAAGAUUCAACUCACAGCCGCUGAAUCAGCCAAAUCCUCCUCCAUGACCUCGGAAUCUGAAUUUGAAGAAUUGAAAUCUGCUUUCAAAAACAUCAUAUCUUAUGGUCAUAAUAUACAGACUCUAAUGGGUAGACCAGUAGAUCAGAAUCUCGAAGAUGAAAACCCGUCCGUUCAAGCUCAUCAAUUCCAGAAAUCGAUGCAAGCCGUCUUUGAUGAAAUUAACAAGAAGACUCCAGGUAAAGAACAAGAUGAAGAGAAAAGGAAGGAAUUGCAAAUAAAGGUACAAGAGCUCGAAACCAGUCUUGCAGCGAAUAUGAAGACAAUGUUGUCCAAAGAGACCGAAUUACAAGCGACUGUAAAAGGUUUAGAAGAGACAAAGAAUAAACUGUCAGAAGCUGAGAAAAAAGUAUCUUCCAUGGCAGAGGAGAUGGAAAAACAAAUGACAUCUCUUGAUGACCUCAAAGCUGAAUAUCAAGUUGAUUUGCAAACAGGAGAAAAGGAUAGUUCUGCAACAAAAGAAGAACAUGCCCAGCUGAUUAACGAAAGGGAUUCUCUAAUCGAACAAGUGGAAAAGCAAAAAGAGGCCUUUAACACCUUGCGAGAUGAGCUGAAAGCAGAGAAAGAGUCGUUACUCGUCCAAAUCAAUGAUCAAAAAGAGGAAAUCGAAAGACUGGAAGAGGAACUCGAAGUAGAACAGGGUAAAGUUGACACUGCAGAAUCAGCGAUGAGAGAAGCAAUGGAUAAACAGUACGAACAAAAAGACAACUUUGAUUCAAUGGAGAACGAGUUGAGGGAACUUAAAGAACAGAGGAAUAGAUGGAAAGAAGAUGCUAAGAGAUUGGAAAGUGAAUUGCAAUCCGCUCCAAAAGCGAAACCAGCGUCUAAAGACGAUGAUGCAACACAAGCUAUUCCCGGUCCAGGUCCCAGCUCAAGUGCAAGUCGUAGACGACCUUCAACAUAUGUACAUACUUCUACUUCAAUACCUCAUGGUGCCUCUCAAUCGCCUGCAUUGAAGCCUUCAACUCUCUCACAAUCGUCAAGACCGCCAUCAACCUCGAUAAAUGCACAACCACUAUUCCUACCCAAUGAAGAGGCUGAGGAAUCCCAAACUCCUCCUACGAGUCUGGGGUUAUCUGUUGUGAGAUCGAAGAAGAGGAGGAGAGUCGCGGAUGUAGGUGAUGACGAUGACGUCUCACCCGAACCGGAUGCAUCGAAGAGCAAAGCACCAUCAGUCGCUCCUUCUGCGACUGAUUCCACCGUCUCUAUACUAGCAUACAAACCAGUAACGACUAAAUGGAUCGAGAAGAAUAUGAAGAUAUUUAUACUGGAAAAGAAUGGGACAUCAAUUUGCAAAUUAUGCUUUGUGAAUCAGCGGAAAGCUGCUCCGCCCGAAAGAGCUAAACAGAUGACCGUGGACGAGACGAAACCGCUCAAGGCAGGAAUCAGCAAAGAAGGGCUUCUGACUCACGUUUCUUCACAUGGAGAGACUUUGAGGAGACUCAAGAAUAAACGAGUCAAGGAGGGUAAAGAACCAGCAUCGCCUUAG